UUACAAAGCAACCAGCCCAUCAAUCGACGAACUAUCAGUCACCACGAUCGAUCAGGGUACGUGGCGAUAUGAUGUUCACCUAUGAUUGUGAAUGAUGUAAGGACCGUCUGGAUCGAAUACAAUGAAACUUUUAUCCCAAGAAAACUUCAAGAGUGGGUCAGCAGCUCGUUGUUAUGUAUACACCGCCAACAGAUGUAUAUAUAAAAUAGAUGCUACAUCACGAUCACCUUUGCAGCAUGUGAGUGAGAUAUUUACGACAGUCCGAGGAGUGCAAGGCGAUCGAUACAGCAUACAGGUCAGUCCCGAGAACAACUGCAGAACUAUAUUUAUAUAAACAACACAUGUAAACAUAGACAACAAAUCCUUAGUUCGAAAAUAUUUCUCCAGUGAGAGAUGCAAGUCGGAAAGUUGCAUCGAAAUAUGUUUUCGGAACCAAGUUGGCGACACUCGAGCACAGUGAAUAGUUCACAUUCAUGUUUUCAUGUUGCUGUUUCUUUCAUCCUGAUUUUUUUUUCCCUCUCUCUCUCGUCGCAUACAGUUCCUGCUCUGGCUUCCCCACACCCACGCCAACACUCGCCGGGUACGACCAUGUCCUCGAUCGACGUACACUCUGACCUCUGUGUCUGAUCGAGCCUCGUCGAUCCUGUUUCCUUACGGACUUGUCGAAUCUUUGACAUCCACGAUAAGUAUGGUCUCCCCAAGGUCCUGAAACUACAACAACACCAACUGUUUACAGCGGUUGUUGGCGAUAAGGCGCAGUCGCCACAUCUACGGUGCAGCUGAGUGUAACAUCUCGCGCUCUCACGCGACGACGCGAGAAAACAUUCCAAAGAUGGCGGACGAAGACGAUCGUGACGACCGAGGGUGCUCACCGAGUGAGACUUAUUAUCCAUUUUGCGAUGAUGACAACGUUGAAUUAAGGUUGAGAGAUGCAGCAGACCAGUCCACACAUGAUUAUUAUAGUGGUACAGAAGAAGCCGAAGGUGAUGUAGAGGAAAUAACUGAGACAGAACUGUCAUAUGGAACUACCCCACCCCAGCGCCGCAUUUUUAGACGUGUGAAAGAGCGGCAAGGUCCACGCGUUUCUUCAUCAAAAAACUCUGGUAGAGAUUUCAUAAACAAAGAGUGUGCAGUCUCAAGGCGCAGAAACCAGCCAAAAUCUGUGUUUAACGUUAUCAAAGAUGCUCACAUAGGUGAUCCUACAUUGCGUCGUUUAUCGGGCUUUGACUCCGAUGACAACUUGAACUUAGAAUCCAUUCGUGAAAAGCGGGACAAGCGUAAGAAAGAAAAUCGAGACUCUAAAAAGUCCCAAACCAAAGCACGAGGGCAUGACCGCCUUGUGAAGAACAUGUCUGAUAAUUUCUCUGCGCUGAAUGUAAGCAGCAUUGCACAAGCUCCUGAGAAGUUAGAAUCAUCUGGACGUUUUGCCCACUUGUUAACGAAACCUGCUGCUUUAUCGGUAAGUGCAGAAAGCCGAGAAGCUCGGAGUCAGUGGACUGAGCCUGCAGAAUGUCCACAAGACAGAAUCGACUUCUCAAAGACCUUUUCUAUGCUGAUUAAUCUUGGCACUCAAGCCAAAAAGGACAAAGAGAAAAAGCUAGCAACCACAAAGCGACAGAUGUCCACAGAACUGGAAAGAUGGCAGUCUCAAUUUAUGGAUAUGAUGUGGAUAGAGCUCAAUGCUUACCUGCAUGGUUCUUCUUUUGAGAAUGAACAGACACUGUUGCAGGCUCAGCGUGAGACUUUAGGCACAGUUCUUGAGGAUAUAAUGGAUUUCCAGUUCCGUGGUCACAGUGUUCCACCUGUAACUUACGAGUGCACUUGCUGUGCUGAGAAUGAAAGAUGUGUAGACGGUUCAUGCAGAAAUCAACCCCAUUUAGAGGAUAGUGUGUCAGCAACAUUCCACGAAGUCACGCUUACUCGGGAUACGGUGCGGCUGCAGGAAGAGGCACUUGCUCAGGUACAACACAUUCUGGAGAGACUAGACUCCUGUGAGCGUCUCUACCCAACUUCAAAACAGCUUGGCAGUGAUUAUCCUUUGUAUAGAGAGCCAGCAUUCACGCUGCGUGUGAAGUGCCUCAACUUGUGGCUAAACAUUACCUGUGAUUUGUGCCACAAAAUCAAACUCUUUGGACGCAUUAUAGGUGCUGAACAGCAUGGCAUUGAAUGGCCUGUCAUAAACUUUGAUUAUCCAUUUCCCUCUGACAGUUCUCAGGAGAUGAAACGUCGAAGUUCUAGCAUCCCCUUUAUUCAUGAGAAUGAUGUGGAAGCCUGCAGCAGUGAGGACGAAGUAGAAGAUGGUGUAGGGCAGGCAAUACCAGAGGCAGACACACAAUUUCUCUCCCCUCUCAAGCAAGUGAAGUUCAGUUUUGGAUCAGACAGUGCCAGGUCUUCCAGAGAUGCCAGUCCCACACAGAGAAAUGUUGCUUUGCCAGAACUAUCCCCUCCCAAAGAAUGCAGCACGCCCACACUAAAUUCACGCAGCAGUGUGGGGUCUGUAUCCGCCAGCCUCUCUCGUGCCUCCAGUGAGAUUAGCAUCGAUGAGGUAGGGCGACCAGCCAUUUAUAGGCAUUAUGUUGACCGCUGCCUAAAGAAGAUGGGCAUGCAGCGGUUGAUAAUUCGACUGCGGGACGUCCUAGACUGCACGCUGCAACGUGCCAUGGAAGCCUUGAAAAGUCCACGACAUGGAAAUCUUGCUGCAGACCUAAAACGGUAUCCUUCAGAUGAAGCUGGACUUCAUGAAGCAGAAAUGGCAACCUCUCCUAUGUCACAAGCAGUCCCACGCAACAGGUUUCAUUUCGGUCGUAGCACAAGCCUAGCAGAGCAUGGGGAAUGGACCCAGGAGUUCCAAAGGAUGAAGUUGCCCUCCUUUCGCCCAUCAUACCUUUUUCUUGUGCGUGUUCCACUUGACAUUGUUCAUGAAUGCCUGCGGAUCAGGUUAGAGCAGAGGCCUAUGGGUGAUCCCUCUUUUCUCAGCAUACGACAGCUUAUACGUGAGUGCAAGGAUGUACUGACUGCUGCGACAAUUGUCAAGCAAUAUUAUCAGUAUAUGGUGGACCCAGUUAUUUGGGACGAAAAAGAAGCGGAGGAGAAAUUUACAACAGACCUGGAUCAGUUUGAUAGUGAUUUGCGCAGCAUGCUGGAGGUUUAUUUUUCAUUUCUUCAGUCAUGGAUCUACAGGCUCCAAAGCUUGCCUGAGGGAUCACAGGACCUUAAAUCAGCCUUAGAAGAUGAAUGGGACUUCACCAGAAACAUAUGCAUCUACAUUGUUGGUGGAGAGGCAGAGGCAGGCAAGAGAUUUAGUUCCCUGGCUUCAAGUCUUCUAACGCUAACAGCUGACUUCCUGGACAAUGGCAUUGAUGAACACACACGCAGCCUUUAUGACCAGUCAGGAAUGGAUGAGGAUGAAGAUGGUGAAACUAAUAACAUAAACGGCCAGGACUUCAUGCCAAGCAUCGAAUGUGAUGAUUUAUCUCUGCGUCCACGAUUUAGUGCAGAAGUAAAGUCUUCUGUGCAAAUUGCACUGAGAAGUUUCAAGAAUCUCUUUCAUGAGGCCAGGGAACGAGCUACCAAGGCACUUGGGUUUGCAAAAAAACUGAGAAAAGACUUGGAAAUUGCAGCAGACUUUAAUAUUAAUGUCACAACUGCUGAGCUGUUCGAAAAACUUCUGAGCACAGAUCAUGUGCGGGUUCGAGCUCCUCUCAGUACUGGGUACAUGAUGUUUGUUCCUCAGCGCAUUGUGGACAACAAACAUUUAAUACUGCAGCUUCUAAAUGUCACCAGUGGUCGUGACAACAACACAAGUGAGGACAUGUCUUCUCGGGAUGAGGGUUACCUUCUCCUCAUGCGUUGUGAAGCAGGAAUUGACCAUAACCCAACAUGUCCACGAUGGUGUGGAAAAGACGUGAUUGUUGAGCCAACUGCUGAAACAGCUAUUGCUCUCUCACACAUUCGGGUGGAAGGUCUGCUGUAUGUGGUCAUUCAUUCCUCUUUGCUUGGCAGCCAAAGAAAGGAAUUUGAACAGCUGAUGGGAAAUACCCUUGUGCUGGUAUAUGAACAGACACCAUGCCAUCAAGCAAUUGCAGAAUCUCUGUCCGAACUGAAGCUAAAUGCACUGGAACUUCAGGAGAAGGUGGUGGAUGCAGUGAAGCAGGUUGAUGACAAGCUCAGCUUUAAUGAUGUCAUUCAAUAUGAGGAUAAUCUGCUGAAACUAUACAGAGAGACUCUCCUGCAGUGUUACAACUUUGGAUUUGAGUACUCCAAGGAAGUGAUGCGUCUCAUCUCCAGCGAUCAGCGACAGCGGCUAUGCCACAGUCUAGUUAAGUUUGCAGCUGAGUGGAUGCAGUUUGUUUUGCAGAAGUGCGAGAGAGGUCGAGGAACAAGACCCAGGUGGGCAACUCAAGGUCUUGACUUCCUCACAGUGGUGUGUGACCCCAAGUUCCUGACAUACCUUUCAGAGGAUGAAUUUGCGAAAUUCAAGCAAACUAUCAGCGACUGUCUAAUUCAUGUGAUUGGAACUUUGGAACAAAGGUCGCUUGGGCAGGGUCUUUCAAUAGCCAGGCCUACCAUAGAAGUGACCAUGCGUCAGCCCAUGCGCAUUGUAUCCUGGCCAGAGCCACCUCCUAGUAAAUUUUCCAGAUCAACAUCAGCAAGGUCUGUGUCUAUGGAACCAGUGACUCUGAACUCUUCUGCAAUGUCUAGCAUCUCCGCUCCCUUUUUGCAGCCUGACUACCGCGCCCGUCGUUUCCAUGAAUCUCGCAGUGAAGUCAACAUUUAUGAUGGCGAUGAUGGAGGACUUGUUAUGGAUAUUCAACAUCUGAGACACCGAGCUUCAGCAGCAGAGUUAAAGAUGUCUACAACAUCUAGGCAGGAGCGGAUACGCCAGGAAAUCAAGCUAGUGGAGGGAGUGCGUGACAAAAAGUUGCAGGAGAAGCAUCGCAUUGGCCAUGUGACUGACAAAGUGCGAGAGCCUGAUUUCCGAUUCACUGUACGACGUGUUAAUUUCCGCUGGCAACGAGGCAAUAAAAUUGGUGAAGGACAUUUUGGAAAGGUGUACACAGCUGUGAACAUGGUGACUGGGGAGCUCAUGGCCAUGAAGGAGAUGAAGCUUCAGCCCAAUGACCUGCAGCAGCUUCGAGAAAUUUGUGAUGAGAUCAAGAUAUUUGAAAGUAUACAGCAUCCAAAUCUAGUUAAAUACUACGGGGUUGAAGUUCAUAAGGAGGAGAUGCUGAUGUUCAUGGAGUAUUGUGAUACUGGCACGAUAGAAGAGGCAGCCAAAAUGGGUUUGCCUGAGUACCUCAUCCGCCGCUACACAAGGGAAAUUGUGCAAGCUGUGAACCACCUGCAUGAGAAUAGCAUUGUCCACAGAGACAUCAAAGGUGCCAACAUAUUUUUAACCUCUACUGGUCAUGUCAAACUGGGAGAUUUUGGAUGUUCCGUCAAGUUACGGAGCCAUAGCACAAUGCCCGGAGAAUUCAAUAAUCUUGUUGGAACAACAGCCUAUAUGGCACCUGAGGUGUUCACCCAAAACGAUCAGGCUGGCUACGGACGAGCUGCUGACAUCUGGAGUCUUGGUUGUGUGGUCAUUGAGAUGGCAACAGGCAAGCGACCAUGGCAUGAGCUUGAGAAUGACUUCCAGAUUAUCUACAAAGUGGGAAUGGGUCAACGGCCUGCUAUUCCUGAAGGCCUUAGUCCUGAAGGCAAAGAUUUUCUGGAACAGACUUUAAUUCAUGAUGCUUCAGAACGUGCUUCAGCGAGCCAGCUGCUUGACCAUCUUUUCACGAAGGUCUACAGUGACCAAGAAGAAUAAAGCUCAACCAUGGGUAGAAGACCAGCAGGUUCUGUAGCUUUUCACACAAUUGCAAACAGGAGAGCUAAGCUUUUGGAGAAGAGCAAAUUAUUUGCUGAUUAACAUCAACAAGAUUGCUUCUUUUCAUUACUGACAGAAACAUGACCUUGCUGAUUGCUUCUGCUUGAAAUAUAGCACAUCAACAGGGCCUUAAGGACAUGUGAUCUUUGGCAUUUUCUUAGAAAUGAUAAUUCAUUAGUGAUGUGUGAAUUCUCUUGGGGGAGGUAAAACUGGUUGUGGACCAUGUCUUGUAACAAAGUACGGUGGAAUACACCAACCUGUUUCUGCAUCAUGGAAGGACUUUGUUGCAUACACAAAGUGAAAAGGACAAUAACAUGCUGCUUUGUUACUGUCUUUGCCUUUAUUGUACAUGGGAAGACAUACCGUAUACACACUGACUCCACAGUGUUUAUCUCUCUGUCCUUAUACAUAUGCAUGCAUGAAUGUGUACAUGAGACAUUAUCAGUCUGCAGUGUUUUGGAAUCGUCAGUGUUAAACAUUUUUUGUUUUUAAAUGCAGGAGUUUGGGGAGGAGGGCUUCCCCAAUUUCAGACCACAAAUAUUAUUAAGUUGUUCUUUUUUUAAAAAAAAUUCAAGUUAAAUUUUUUGGGGGUUUUAUUGAUCCUUAACAGAAAACAGGGCACCUACACCAUACAUGUGUUAAUAUUAUCAUGAUCUGGGUCCCUAUUCAAGAAAUGUUUCAUAUUUAGACUUGUUCAUGUAAAACUGUGUCACUGAUGUUGGAUAAUAAUGAUGAAAUUUUAGCUUUUCUUUGUCAUUAUAAGAGACCUUUAAACACUUACAUUUUCAGACUCAAGGCGCCAAGUUGUUUACAUUUCAGACUCCAUGAAAAAUUUUAUAUGCACAAUUUGAAGCUUUUAUACAUGAUGUGCACAUUUCUAAUGGGAAAGCACUAGUCAUGAAAUGUUGGGCAGGCAGACUGCUUUCAGCAGGGAUAUCUGAUCUUUGACAUGGCUAAUGACUACUUGAAAUAAUGUCUGGGAUUUACUGCACUGGAUAUUCAUGCUGAUGGCAGAUGGUCUUCAACCAUGAGUGGUAUAGCAAGUGAAGCCAUCUCUGUGUUGUGUGUGGGAGAAGAUUUGGGGUGGGGUUGGGUAGGAGGCAAAACAAACUUUUUCACUUAGUCUGCCAUACCUUUUGUUUAUCAAUUUUGUAUAUCCUAGAGCAGUGUUUUGGGGUCAUUUUUAUUUCUUGAUUUCAAAUGUACCACUCACUUGCUGUCAGUGUAGAUUUAACUUUCACAGGGUCUUUUCUGAUUACCUAUAUCAAAGCAUUGUAUUCCAUUCACUGCAUAGGGACAGCUUAUUGACCUCACUUCUGUGUAAGAAGAUGCACUUAAUCAAUUCUUCAUUAUUAUUAUUAUGACUAGUAGUAGUAUUCAUUUUAUCACUUAUUUUAUUUGUGCUGUGAUACUUUUUAAGUUGUCGAAAUGAAUGGAUGUUUGUUUUGUAAAACGUUUACUCUAAACAAUCUGCCAAAGAAGACUUUCAAAAGAGGAUUGUGUUUAGCACAUGUAUUCAAGUCUUUGCUGUAAGUGCUUUGAUUUAGGAAAUUCGUAUAUUGUUACCUGGUCAAAAAAACCCAGCUUGAACUGAACAGAUUCCUAGCAUGACAUUGCUCAGUUUAAACUGUUUAUCCACUUAAAUUAGCAGGAGGGAAAGCAUUUUAAUAAUAGACUUCAUGUACUGUGCCCAUAAUGUGCUGUGCGCACACUCUCUGUCACACACAGAGUCUUGGCCUCUGUGCACUUUUGUUGGUUCAACCAAACUCAGCAUUGUCUUGAUGUGGAAUAGUGAUUAUAUGUGUGCGGAGAGAAAGUUUUACAGAUGAAUACCAGUGGAGGUUGCAGCAUUUGGCAUUAAAGAAGCAGUGCUGCUAACUUGAGUCAUAGUUUGUCUGAUUUUCCCCACCCUAAUGCUGAUGUCUUCCAGCUGCCAGUUUUAUCAACACCUGGAGCAGUACAAGUUGUUUUACCAAGUGAGGUAUUUGUGAAGGAGAAACCUCCCGUUGUGCUGUCACAAAACUAGCCUUGCAUUGUUCUUAGAAAUAGUGUUGUCAUAUGGAACUUCCUUUGUGGUUGUAGAAAAAUACUCUUACAGCUUACAAUUUAAAAGAGUUAUGUGUUGGACCAGUUUAUCAGGUAUAUAAUAUUUUUGUUGCUGAGAAAUACUGCUUAAGGCAAAUGAGCUUAACAGCCCAUUGCUAGUCUGGAGUUUAAAGGUGUACAUCUGUAUUUUAUUUUCACCUUUGCUGUUGAAAGUCAUUUUAAAGAUGUUUGUGUGCUCCAACAUAGCUCAAAAAUACACAGUGAUUUUGACCUUGUUAGUUCAUUAGCUGUCUUGUGAAUAUAAUGUAGGCGACAUAUUUUUUGGCAUUCAAAAUGGAGUAUGUAACUGUUGAUAAAUUUUUUUUUUACAUAUUUAACCAGAGUGGAUAUUUAUGCUGAAUCAUAAAUGUGCUGUUCUCUUCAGGCUUGCUGCAGUCUCUCUUCAGCUGGAUAUUAUCAGGGAUGCAUUUCCUUGCAACUUAUAAAUGCUGUUGCUUGUGAACAGUAGCAUGAUGAUGACUACAUUGUUUACAACUCGCAGGCUGGUCCGGAGUUGUCCUUCAUUAACAGACGAGAUAUGAACAUAUUCAUACAGCAGUGGUUUCGUUCCCAUAGUGUUCCACAGAUUCCAAGCCCUGUUCCGCUUUUUAGGCCCCCACCCCCAAUAAUUUCAAUUUUAGGUUUCUUUUAUUUUUAUUUCUCUAGUAACAACAGAAGUAAAGACUUAGUUAAACAUUAAAGCAAUGCAUUGUAGUACUGCUGCCUCACUUGAAAAAGAAAGUAAUCAUUAGAUUUUGGCUUUAUCACUUUUCUCCCUGUGGAACUGAGUUUCCAAGAUGAUGAACAUUACAGAUUAGCAAGAAAGUGCCAUUGUUAAGGUACAUUUGCUUCACAAAAACUUUAAAAAAAAAUAGAGUGUAAUUGUGUUUUGUAACCUUUCUUUUUUUGGCAGAGCAGGAGUGUGGAGUUCAUUGGCAAAUGAUCAAUAUCAAUCAGAGCAACAUUUCUCACCAUUACAUAAGUUUGAGCUUUACUCCUCUUCCACCCUCCCUCCUUCCACUGAAAGCAAGCACUAAGGUGUUUAUUUUUUUAUACAGAGGACACUGUAAUUUUUUUACCUUUUUUGAGAUUGAUUGUUUUUAAAGUCUAGUUGCUUUUUUAUAGCACAGUUUUCAUCACAGGACUUGCAGUUAUUCAACAUAUCAAAAGCCCUAGGUCAUUUUUUAAACUGCAUUCAUAGUUAAAACAUUUAAAAAUCAGUCUUGGCAGAUCAUAACUUUUGUGAAAAAGGUAAGACACUGGACUGCUUUAUCGUGCUGAGUAUAUUUUAAUUUUAAUUUUAGUUCAUUCGAAAAUGCAUGAUUGUAUAUUCCAUUAUUGUAUAGGAAGCCAUCACUCAUCAGAUCGUGUAAUACAUCAGUGAACUUUAAUUCAACUUUUUCUGUGGAAAUCAAAAUCCUUACUUUGUUUGCAGGAUUAUUUAUUAUUUGUAGAUGCCAAUUUGUCUCUGGCAUGAUAAAAUCCUGUGCUGCAUUUAAACCUCACGUUUCUUUGUUCAUCUUUAGGAAUAGGAGGGGGUUGGCAGGCAAAUGUGUCUUUUAGUGCACUUUUUAGUGACCAUCUCUAAAACCCAUCUUUUUACUUUUUUAAACACUAUGUCCUGAAAGUUUCAUAUCAAAAAUGUUGUCUAAAGGGAAGUAUCUUUCUAAACCUAGCUAUGUUCUGUUCCAGGUCAGGGAACCUGUUUGAGUUAGAGCUAUAAAUAUAUGUUUUCAUCCUCCCUAUUCUAGCCUAUUUUCAUAUAUAAUCAUCAGGUGAAAUAAUUUCUGUGAUAAAUUCUGACUUCUGAUCUGUGAAGCCUUAUGUAACAAGUGUUGAAUUUCAAGCAAUAAUGGUAUGAUAUGUGGUUUUAUGCAAAUCAGAGACAUAACUAACCUCUCUACUUUAAUCAAAACAUGGAAAUAAUAAAAUUUAGGAUUUAGUGUCUUGAUAAAUAGAUUUUGACGUGUAACUAUUGUGAAAUUUUGAAGGUUUUAUUUUUGUUUUGUGUCACAAACUUCAAGCUUUAGAAAUGCUGGUGGAAAAAUGUGUAUGAUUAAGACCCAAAUAAACAACUGAAAUGACCCAUCCUUCCUUUGCACCUUUCACUUUCCACCCACAUCUGUUAACUGGACCCCUUCCUGCACCCAUACAGUGAAGUGACAACGACAAAGAUACUAACAAUUUUACGAAGAUUAUUUAUGCCAUGGCCUAUUUUAUCGUCUUUCAUGUAUGGAACUAUCAAAUAUCAGUUAUUUUCUAAUUCCUGAGUUUGAUACAUGGUGACACAUCAGUCUUAUUCACUGUUCUUUGCUGGGAAAAAAAUGUCAUUGUGUUCAUUUAUGAAUUGUGACUUAGAAGUUUAAUUAUGGCCAAGAUGGUUUGCUAUACAAGCUUAAUGUUUACAUCAACAAUAACUAGAAGUUCGAAUCUCCUUAAACCACACUUGAAAUUCCCUGUGCAGGGGAGGUUUGCUAUUUCAAAUGAUGUACAGUUGUUAAGUGAUGUACUGCAUUUGUUUUGCUUAUAACACUUGAGUUGCUUUCUUCUUCCCUUUUUUACGAUGUUCAGUCUUUCUUCUUGAGGUUGACGUAAGUCCCAAGUCAGUGCAUGACAUGUGAAAAGGAAAAUGUGUGAAGCAAAUUUGUCACAAAGUUAAUUAUUUUAAUCUACCACAGGCUGUUAAUUACACAAGCCUUUCUUGUAAUAUCAUGUGCAGAUGUAAGCCACUGUGUUUCAGCACUUUAGUUCAUGACACAAGUCAGUGAUCUUUAUCUUCAUUCUUCAUCCUGCUGUUCACCUCUUUUGAAACACUGACCAUAAUUUAUUGCCAUUUCUCAUAACUUAUUGGGCGUCAGUACAGUAGUGCUAUUCAUUGUAUAUAAUUCAUAAAAUAGUUGUUGACAGAAUGGGGAAGGACUUGAGUCUGAUAUUGUUGAACAAUGGCAGAUGUUAUCCGUAGGUGCCUGCUCAGAUUAUCCAAAUAUAUUUAUGAAGAAAAUAAAAUGCUGUAUGCAUCA